CCGGAUCACAGAAGCAGUUGGUCAGAAGGAUCUUCCAGGUCAAGAAACUUUCCUUGCGCUCACCCAACGGCAUCUACAUGGUGGUAUGAUCACUGCGAAACCACGGAUGCUGCGGAGGGACAGACUGAAAUAAACAGGUUAUGGAUUUGAACCUUCCCUGUUUGAUCCUCUUCAUCCUGAUUGGCUGCGUCCAAUGCUCCCCUGACGACCGCCACAACAACGGCACCGGUCACCAUGAUUACUGUGUGCUGGGUGCUGGGCCCGCAGGACUGCAGAUGGGAUAUUUCCUCUCCAAGGCCAAACGAGACUACGUCAUCCUGGAGAGGAACUCUGGGCCGGGCAGCUUCUUUAACAAGUAUCCCCGGCACAGGAAGCUCAUCAGCAUCAACAAGAUCUACACGGGAAGGCAGAACCGAGAGUUCAACAUGCGCCAUGACUGGAAUUCGCUGCUGAGCGAUAGACCUGACCUCCUGUUGAAGAGAGUGAGCAGAGAUUUCUUCCCGCCAGCUGAUACCUUCCCGGUCUAUCUGUCCAUGUUCGAGAAGGAGCUCGGGCUGAAGGUCCGGUACGGUGUGGACAUCGGAAGGAUCAGGGCAGUGCAGUCACCCGGUGGCAGAAGCUACAUCCUGACUGAUCAACAUGCAUCGGACUACAAAUGCAGGGUCCUCCUGGUAGCCUCGGGUUUGUGGGUUCCUCAGAAGGUCGAGUUUGUCGGUUCAGAACUGGUUGAAGGCUACGAUUCCAUCUCCACCAAUCCUGAGGACUACAAGGACCAGGCCGUACUUAUUCUGGGCAAGGGGAACUCGGCUUUUGAAACCGCCCAGAGCAUCUCGGGAAGAGCGAGAUUGGUGCACAUGCUCAGUUCCAACCCCGUUCGACUGGCCUGGCAAACACAUUACGUUGGAGAUCUCAGAGCUGUAAACAAUGAUCUUAUAGACACAUAUCAGCUGAAGUCCAUGGAUGGGUUGGCCGAGAUCCCCCUGGAUAAAAUAGCUAUCACUCAACUUAAGGAGCAAGGCAGGAGGAGAUCGGGCACAAAGAGGAAAGAGAAGAAGGGACAGUUCUACGUGACUUUAAAAAAGUACCUACAACAUCAGGAAGAGAAGAACAGCUCUGAUGUGACAGGAGAAGAAACUCCCGGGUAUCACAUUGACAACUUCUCUAUGCGAAAGCCUUACGACCGGGUGAUAUCGUGCCUUGGAUUCCGGUUCAACUUCAGCGUAUUUGACAGCUCUGCCUGCCCCAUGAACAGUGACAAUGCAAAAGGGAGGUUGCCGAGGCUGACAGCCUGGUAUGAAGGGGAGAACACCCCUGGCCUGUUUGUGAUGGGAACCGCCGCUCACUCCAGAGACUACCGCUCAUCUGCCGGCGGCUUCAUCCACGGUUUCCGUUACACAGUGCGAUCUGUACAUCGUGUACUUGAACAGCGUUACCACAAUAACCCUUGGCAAUCGACAAAACUGUUGACAACGCAGCUGCAGUCCUGGAUUCUGAAGCGGAUCAACGAGGCCUCUGGUCCAUACCAAAUGUUUGAGGUGCUUGGGGAUGUUAUCCUUCUUCGUGGCUCUCACGCUGAAUACGUGGAGGAGUUUACACUCCAGGCCUUGCCUCAGUUCUCCUCUCUCUCAGGCCACGAGGUCUCCAACCACGGAUUCAUAGUUCUGGUCAUGCAGUACGGGAAGAAAAAGAUAGACUACUUGGGGCGGGGCAGGGCUGACACAGAAUGGACCAGAGCGUGGAAAUCCAACUUCCUGCACCCUGUUUUAUACUACUAUGACAAACUUCCCACUGAGGAAGAAAUGAAUCUCCGUCCCUCCGGCUGGCCUUUACCAAGGCCCAAGGCUAUUCAUCACAUGGUGGAGGACUUCCUCACAGAAUGGGAGACUCCCAUAUCUCAUAUCCAGCCACUGCGGCGCUUCUUGGAGCACUGUGUCCAGACUGACCUCAAGGCCUUCUAUGCCGAAUCUUGUUUCCGCUUAUCCCUCACCCACCGCAAUCCGCCGCUGUUUUGUCAGCACGGAUACUUGAAGCAGCAGGGUGUCGCUCACAGCAGUCAGCUGUGGCAGCACGAUGAUAACCCUGGACUGAUGCCUACUGAGAAGGAUGCAGGCACAUCAGAGGCUGAUCUCGCAUUCCCAAACUACCUGGCACAAGCUGGAGCCUCCAUUUCUUCAGGACUGAAACUUGACUUCUGAUUGUUUUGCCAAAGCAUGUUAAAGUUGGUAAUCUUGAGAAACUAGAAAGUAGCGACUACGCUAGAUAAAAAAAAUGAUCCUACCAAAAAAUCAAGCCCAAUGUUGCCAACUCUUGUCCAAUGAAAGUAGUCCAUUACAGUCCUCCAACACCUACAGUAGAAUAUUACUAAGCCUACCUUUUAAAGCUAUGACUAUAAUGCUGUUUAAGUCCAUCAGACCUUCUACCUCUAGCACCCAUAAUAAAACCCCUCAUAAGAUCAAAUAUCUUGACAGCAUACCAUAAUACAGAUCAGUGUUUCCCAGCGUUUUGGGCUUGUGACCCCUUUAAAAAAGGCAAUUUACAAAACCUAACUUAGUCAUAAUGUAACUUGACAAUUAAACCAAAGAGUGAAUGUCCUUUUGUUUAUUUUGAUAAUGUUUAAGGGUCCAAAUAAGUACAAUUAUUCAGUAAUUCACAAGAGUAAAGCAAAGAUUAGAGUAAAAUCUGAAAAAUGAAGCAUAACUAUUUGGUAAUGAACUCACGGCUCCUCCUACUUCAUCAUUAUGUGACCUAUUGGGGACCCGACCCUCAGGUUGGAAACUGCUUAUCACUGGAACGGCAUUUUGUCCCUUGAAUGUUCUAUUGUUAUACCGUGACAAAAUAUCUAUAUACAUUAUAUUAUGCCAUUUUCAUAUCAUAUAAAUCUAGAUCAUAUGAAACUAUAUAGGUGGAGGGUGGGUGUUAAAAAGUUAUUAUGCAUUAUACAUUUUCCUUGGUUGUUACCUGGUGAAACAUAUAUUA